AUUUCCGUACGACCCAUUUACAAGUAGCGGUCUUAUGUCAUUAUCUGGAAAUAUCUGGUCAGUUAUUGUAGACUACUACAGAUAAAACAUUCUGAGGAUUUUUAGUUAUUCGUAUUCUUUGUAAGUAGAUUAUCUUAAUUUUAGCAGUAAGUGUUUGAAGAUAGCGAAUCUAGUGACAGACUGAUCCACAUGACCGUCUGCUACAGUGCUGCAGAUUUUCACGUGCACGGACUCAAUACUUGACCAAGCAUAAACAUUUGGACUAGCAAUACAGGUGUUAGGGAUGGAGCUGCAGGCGGUGCUGAUGGCAGCAGGUGGAGGCUCCAGGAUGAUGGAUCUCACCUAUAACACCCCCAAACCUCUGCUACCUGUGGGCAACAGACCCCUCAUCUGGUACCCCCUCAACCUGCUGGAGAGAGUGGGCUUUGAAGGUAAACAUUCUGUCAUAUCAGAAAACAAAACAGACAUCUUGGUGGUGAGCUGUGAUUUGAUAACGGAUGUGGCUCUGCAUGAGGUUGUGGACCUCUUUCGUGCACACAACGCCACCUUGUCGAUGCUCAUGAGCAAAGUGCAUGAAUUCACAGAGACUGUCCCUGGCCAAAAGGGCAAGAAGAAAGCAGGAGAGCAGCGGGACUUUGUAGGCGUGGACGUCACGGGAAAGAGGCUUCUGUUCAUGGCCAAUGAGGCAGACCUGGAGGAAGGCCUUGUUCUUCGGAAGUCCAUCAUGCGCAAACAUCCCAGAAUGCUCAUCAAGACCGGCCUGCUGGAUGCCCACCUGUACUGCCUGAAGAGAUCUGUGGUUGAUUUCUUAGUACACAACAAGUCUGUCACCUCAAUCAGGGGGGAAUUAGUGCCAUAUUUGGUGCGAAAGCAAUUCUCCAAGUCUUUAAACUCCAAAAAUGCAACAGAGGAUACAGAGAAGAAUCAAAAACAACAGGAUGCUCACCACAAUUUGGAGCUCCUCAGCACUAGUAAAGAAGAGGCGCUGCUCCAGCUUGCCCGGGAGAGGUCAUGUUGGAACGAUCAUCGUGGAGACAUGAGUGAGGCCUACCAUGGCGGAAAGCUACGCUGCUAUGUUCACAUCAUGGAGGAGGGCAUGUGUUAUCGUGUGAACACGCUCGCGGCUUAUAUAGAGGCCAAUCGUGUGGUUCCAAAGCUGUUUGAGGACCCUCCAAUCCAUCCGACUGCUGUGGUCUCAGAACGCUCCUUGGUUGGAAGUGACAGCAUUAUUGGGCCAAUUUGUCAGAUAUCAGAGAAGACAUCCAUCAAGCGUUCAAAUGUUGGCACAUCAUCUACAAUCAAGGAGAAGGUGAAGAUCACCAACUCCAUCAUCAUGAAUGGAGUCACUAUUGAAGAAGGGUGUAACAUUCAAGGUAGCGUGAUCUGCAACAACGCAGUGAUUGGACGUGGAGCCGACAUGAAGUAUUGUCUCGUGGGGAGCGGCCAGCGCAUAGAGCCAGAGGCUGAAAGAACCAACGAGGUCAUCGUUGGAUCAGACCAACUCAUGGAGAUCUAGAACCCUGGUGGAGAUGGAUCACAGACCCGAAGACGCCCAGAUCAACCUGCUUCCAUGUGCAUAACUCCUGCACAGGAUCCAUUUUUUAUGUGUCCAAAUAAACAUGGAU